AUGCUGUACAACGAGUGCACCGAGGAGCUUCACCGCCGUGACCCAACGGACAUAGAGCUCUUCCGGACAGUUGAGAUUAAGACUGGGCGAGAGAUGAUCCCGCUUCGUGAGAUCCCUCGCAGCAUCUUCUGCCUGCAAGGCCUGCGCUGCUUGGACUUCACGGGACAUCCACUGGUCCGCGUUCCGCCGGAAAUCCGGCUUCUAAAGUCUUUGAAGAGGCUGUGUUUUGUCUCCACAGAGAUCACGGAGUUGCCAGAGGAGAUAUGUGAGCUGCAGAAUCUGCAGCAGUUUCUGGUAAGCUGUUGUCCAAUUCGCCGCUUGCCUGAGGGCUUGUGCAAAUUGGUGCGGCUGUGGGACUUCUACUUCGAUGGCAACCAAUUAGAAGAACUGCCGCAGCAGUAUCCUCCCUUGGUCAACGGCAUCAAGGUUUCUGGCAACCUGCUGCGGGAAAUUCCCGAGGCUGUAGGCGGCCUUCCUGAUGUCAAAUGCAUUCGCGCCUAUGCAAACAAGCUGGAGGCACUGCCUGAUUGCAUAUGCCAGCUGGACCGAACCGUUGAGAUGUCUCUCCAGGGAAACUUCUUGGAGCAUUUGCCGAAGGAUAUCGGCAUGCUGCAGAAUUUGCAAUACAUGUCUCUUCACGACAACCUCCUCCGCACCCUUCCAGACUCGCUUUUGGAUCUGUCGGAGUUGCGUUGGCUGUACCUCUAUAACAAUCGCCUGCAAGAGCUACCACGCGGUCUGACCACGAGGCUUCAUCAGCUAGAGCGGCUGCUGGUCGAAGCCAAUCCGUUAUCAGAGGCAGCCGUUGCCGACCUCGUUGGCCAGCGGGGUGCACUGCGAGUGCUUGGUCUGGAUACCGAGCAGGCUUCGAGUGCGGCCUUCCGCAGCGAGUGCCUCCCACCCUGGGUUUCGGUCGGAUGGAUGCUCCCUUGGCACAGGUUGUAUGCAAAGUUGCAGCCGGCCUCGCAGCUCAAACGACGUCAAGGUGUUCAGCCUGUACAUGGCGAUCUUCCCAAAACUCCCACCCAUGAUGUCUUGGUGGUUGCGUUUGCGGCAAGCCAAGCAGAGCCGGAAUGGCUGGGAGUUUUGAGUCAAGUCUACUCCGGUGAUGUCUCUAUCGCAGAAGCGGAGAUUCAAGUUUGCAUGGACGACAUGGGCAAGUUCACCAGCCUGUUCCGAAAGCUGCACGGCCGCGACCUCCAGGAUGACAAUGAAAAGGACUUGGAGUGCCUGGCUUCGACCUGCUGGCUCUCAGCUCCGGCGCACAGCAGCAGGCACAAUGGCGAAGUCCUGCAAGACUUUGACGUCCUGACCCUCUGCGACACAGGGGCACAGUGGUAUACGGAUACCAGCGAGAGGCAGCAGCUCGAGCUUGAGAAGCGGCUCAGGGAAUUCGUCCCGAGAUAUAAAAGAGUCAUCCUGUUGGGCGUGUCAAUGGGAGGCUUCGGAGCGCUGUCAAACUCCCACCUGGCCACCUCCGUGUUGGUCUUCGGACCGCAGACUGACCUGACUGUCAGCCACCUGCGGCCAGGAUUUAGCCCACAGGAGCUUGAGAGGAUGACUGACAACCUCAAAGCUCGAGUGCAGCAAGCCCUCACCCGGGGAGUACACUUUCAGUACCAUGUCGGCGCAGAAGAUCAUCUUGCCUACGCCCGGAGGCUGCCACUGCCUCACAGCUGCUUUGUCGUUCAUCCUGUUGAAGGCCGCAUUGCGCGGCUUCUCGAGCGCGCAGGGAUCCUGUGGUCCCUGCUGGUGAGGAGCAUUGCUCGCGAGCAGCGGCUUGCCCGAGGAGUUGAAGCUGGCACAUCGUCGUUGGCGCAUGAGGAGUUGCCUGAGGGCGCAGCGCGUGCCUGGCAGCUGGAGGACAAAGAGGAGACUGUGCCUUUGGGACUUUGGGGGUACGGCGGCAAGCUCUGCAUCUGCCAUGUCUCUCCAUUCCACCUCUGUCAAAUCUGCCGUUUUCCUCCACGUGCUGGGGACUGGUUCUGCAGCACCUGCUUAGCCCACAACGUGGGAAAGGCAAACGCGUGCCGCAAGUGCAACGACCGGAGUGAGGCAGGUGUCGUUGCCAAGGCAUGGCGAAAGGAAGACCUUAAGGCUUCUCUUGGACACAACGUCGGCACUGUGGCGCAGACGUCUUCCAGCACUUCGGCGGCGACGUCGACUGGAACGUUUUCUUUGGGGCUAAGUUCGCUCCAAAGCUUGCUCGUCAGGCUGGGGAAAAUGCUGCAAGGAAAUUUGGGAUCUUUUCUCGUGAUUCUUGCAGCCUGGUGCAUUGCUCGGACUCUCAAGCGAAGGAGAUCGCUGAAGUGA